CAUCUUCACCGCCUCUAUCCCUUUCUCUUUCUCUAUCGACUAGUCUGCAUUUGGCCUGUCCGAGGAGCUCGCAGCUUUGGCAUCCACGUCGCUGAAGAGCUUCAGAGGGGGCGAACUUUUCUUUCUCAAAACAAAAAGUGAAAUAGACUUUAAAGUCAGCGCGGUGUGCGAUGUUGAGGCUAAUCUUUUUGGCCGCUCUCACCGGCUUCACCUGGGCCAGUGAUGUGCUUGAAUACACGGACGAUGAUUUCGAAAGCAAGAUUGGAGACCAUGGGCUCGCCCUGGUGGAAUUUUUUGCCCCUUGGUGUGGCCACUGUAAACGGCUAGCACCUGAGUACGAGUUAGCCGCCACACGUCUGAAAGGCACCGUCCCUCUGGUCAAGGUUGACUGCACAUCCAACAGCAACAUCUGCAGCAAAUAUGGUGUCAAUGGCUACCCAACCCUGAAAAUCUUCAGGGAUGGAGAGGAAAGUGGUCCCUAUGAUGGUCCCAGAACUGCAGAUGGGAUUGUCAGUUUCCUUAAGAAGCAGGCUGGACCGGCUUCUGUGGAGCUCAAGGCAGACGCAGACUUGGCAGCAUACACAUCAGAUCAAGAUGCAAGUGUUGUGGGGUUCUUUGCUGAUGAUAAGAGCACAGCACAGGCAGAGUUCCUGAAGGCAGCCAGCGCCUUGAGGGACAACUACCGCUUUGCCCACACCAACUCCGAGGCUCUCCUCCAGAGCCACGGCAUUGACGGAGAGGGAAUCGUCCUGUUCCGCCCACCAAGACUCAACAACAAGUUCGAAGACAGCACCGUGAAAUACAGCGAGGACAAAUACACAAGCAACAAAAUCAAGAAGUUCAUCCAGGACAACAUCUUUGGAAUCUGCCCCCACAUGACGCAAGACAACCAGGAUCAGCUGAGGGGGAAGGACUUGCUGGUGGCAUAUUAUGAAGUUGAUUAUCACAGAAACCCCAAGGGCUCAAACUACUGGAGGAAUAGAGUGAUGAAGGUGGCCAAGAGUUUCCUGGAUCAGGGCAAGAAGCUGAACUUCGCCGUGGCCAGCAAGGGCGAGUUCAGGUCCGAUGUGUCAGAGUUCGGCCUGGAUGACAGGUCAUCAGACCUGCCUCUGGUGGCCAUCCGCACCAGCAAGGGAGACAAAUACGUCAUGACCGAGGAGUUCUCUGCAGAUGGAAAAGCUCUGGAGCGUUUCCUGCAGGAUUACUUUGACGGCAAGUUGAAGCGUUAUCUCAAAUCAGAGCCCAUCCCAGAGAACAACGACGGACCUGUCAAGGUCGUCGUGGCUGAGAACUUCGACUCCAUCGUCAACGAUGACAGCAAAGACGCGCUGAUUGAGUUCUACGCUCCAUGGUGCGGACACUGCAAGAGCCUGGAGCCCAAAUACAAUGAGCUGGGAGAGAAGCUUGCGGGUGAUCCCAACAUUGUCAUUGCCAAGAUGGACGCCACAGCAAACGAUGUGCCUUCUCCAUAUGAAGUCAGCGGUUUCCCCACACUGUACUUUGCCCCAGCUGGACGUAAGAUGAGCCCAAAGAAAUACGAGGGAGGUCGCGAGGUGAGCGACUUCAUCAACUACCUGAAGAGGGAGGCCACCAACCCCUUGGUGAUGCAGGAGGAGAGCAAGAAGAAGAAGAAGAAGAAGGACGACGACAAGACAGAGCUAUAAAAGCUCCAAACAGGAACUCAACAUCCCCGCCACAACAGGAAGAAGAAGAGGAAGAGGAGGAUUGGGGAAAUCCAUGCAAAGAAAGAACUAAAUUAUAUUCCACUCUCUUAGUGAACUACCGAAUGCUCUGAGGCCAAGUCGAAAAAAGACGCGGCCCUCCCUUUAGGUCCUCCGCUGCUCUGGGAAAACUGUGGAAGGUGGUGGCCAGGGUCUGCCCGAUGUCUAAAAACAAAAACAAAUUUUUAGGGAAGAGGGGACAGCUUUUGAAAAUUGAGAUUUUUAUUUCCCCUGGUCUGUCUACUACACCUCAGGCUGAUGCACUUUGGUUUGACACCAGUCUCCAGUCAUCUGUCGCUUUGGUUUUUGUUGUUGUCGUCGUCACAGGGGAUAAUGGUAAUGGUGAAUUCCUUUUUUUUGUUUUUGUUUUUUUUUUUGUUUUUGUAACACGUCUUUGUUUUUGUACAUUUGGAAGGAUUGUGAAAUAAAAAGGCCCACAAAACCAAAA